AUGUCUGCCACAUGCUAUGACUGCAUCGUCGUCGGCUCCGGUCAUGCAGGCAGUAGUGCUGCUCUGUCCGCGGUUCAAUACGGCUGCCGUAAUGUUCUUAUGAUCGACAAAUGUCCUGAAGAAUGGGCUGGAGGUAACGGAUACUUCACGGCCGGUGCACACCGAACGGUACAUGACGGGCUGCCCGAUAUCCUGCCAAUUGUGUCCAAUGUAUCGACUGAGCAAGCCCAGAAGAUCGACAUGGAUCCUUACACGACGGACGACUUCUCGAGGGACAUCAUGAGGCUCUCUGACAAUCGGUCAGAUUCCGAUAUCGUCAGAGCGGUUGUAGAGGGGUCUCGAGGAGCCGUCCAGUGGCUGAAGGAUUAUGUCGGUGUCCCAUUCAUUCUUAGCUUCCACCGCCAAGCCUAUGAAGUCGAAGGAAGACAGAAGUUCUGGGGAGGCAUGGUGCUAUCUGUAGAAGACGGCGGCAAGGGAUUGAUAGCUGCUCAUCACCGUGCUCUCCACCGAGCAGGGGUCCAAAUCUGGUAUAACUGUCCAGCAGUCGACUUGAUAGAGCAAGAUGGCGCUGUCACGGGAGUCGUAGCUUGUCGCAAUGGCGAGCUUCUGGAAUUACAUAGCAAGUCCGUCAUCCUUGCUUCCGGGGGCUUCGAAUCCAGUCCAGAACUACGUCGGAAAUACCUUGGAGACCUCUGGCAAGCAGCUCGAGUCCGAGGAACACCUUAUAACAACGGAGACGGGCUCACUCUGGCCAAGAAAGUGAAUGCACUCGUCAGGCCGCCGGCACCCUCCUUCGCCGAGGCAGGUUGUCACUCAACUUGUUGGGAUUAUAAUGCGCCUCUCGACCAUGGCUCUCGUGUACUCUCGAACCAAUACACCAAGUCUGGUUAUCCGCUGGGCGUCAUGAUCAAUUCUAAGGGCGAACGCUUCGUCGACGAAGGGGAGGAUUUCCGAAACUAUACGUACGCGAAGUUCGGCAGGAGAAUACUAGAGCAGGAUGGCGGAAUGGCGUUACAGGUCUAUGACUCAAAGGUGAUAAGCUGGUUAAGGAAAGAAGAGUACGGUGAUGGAAUCGUGGAGAAAAUCUGGGGCGACACGCUGGAAGACUUAGCAGACAAGCUCAGCUCCAAAGGCCUGAAAGACAAGGCCCGAUUCCUCGAGACCAUGCAAGAAUUUAACAAAGCCGUGGGUGCCCACCGGAAGAAGUAUCCGAACCUCAAGUGGGACCCAUCAGUCAAAGACGGCCUCUCGACCGAAUCCGUACCUCUGCCCAAGUCGAACUGGGCCCUCACGAUCGACGAGCCGCCUUUCCUGGCCGUCCGUGUCGCGUGCGGAAUCACCUUUACGUUCGGGGGCCUUGCCAUAGACCCUGAGACAGCUGGCGUACUGAGGGAUAGCGAACAGAAGGAAGCGGUGAAGGGCUUAUUCUGCACGGGCGAACUCGUCGGGGGACUGUUCUAUGCAAAUUACCCUGGAGGGAGCGGGUUGACCGCAGGUGCUGUUUUCGGCCGCAGGGCCGGGAAGGAGGCAGCUAAAUUGGCUAGCUACUGA